AUGGCCAAGCCGCUCUCCGACCACGACAGGAGGAAGCAGAUCUCUGUGCGGGGUCUGGCCGGAGUGGAGAAUGUCGCUGACCUCAAGACUAACUUCAACCGCCACCUCCAUUUUACUCUGGUGAAAGACCGGAAUGUCGCCACCAAGAGAGACUACUACUUCGCCCUGGCCAACACGGUGCGGGACCACCUGGUGGGCCGCUGGAUCCGGACUCAGCAGCACUACUAUGAGAAGGACCCCAAACGCGUCUACUACAUCUCCCUGGAGUUCUACAUGGGGCGCACUCUGCAGAACACAAUGGUAAACCUGGCCUUGGAGAACGCGUGUGACGAGGCCACGUACCAGCUCGGCCUCGACAUGGAGGAACUGCAGGACAUCGAGGAGGACGCUGGUCUCGGCAACGGCGGCCUCGGGCGACUCGCAGCCUGUUUCUUGGACUCUAUGGCCACUUUGGGGCUGGCUGCUUACGGUUACGGCAUUCGUUACGAGUUUGGAAUCUUCAACCAGAAAAUGGUGAACGGCUGGCAGGCGUCCCAGUGGGAUCAGAGCCCAGCGAGGGGUUCAGCAAUAGGUCCCAGCACGAAGCCUCCUCUCCUCUUGGUCUCUUCAUGUCCAGAGUACCUCUAA